GCUUGCCUUUGAUUUCUUCUCCCUCUCUUCAUCCCUCUUUUCCUCUCGGCAUUGGAACCAGGCACUGCUUUUGGCAAAGCGUGGUCCAGCGAUAGGGGUCGUGUUCUUAACCGCCCCUCUCUUAGCUCGAGCGGUAUUUCGGUCAGUUCCUGCGGCCGUCGCAGACGAGCUGCAUCAUGGCACAACUCGAUACUCUUGAUGUCGUUGUCCUCGCGGUGCUCUUGGCGGGUAGCAUUGCCUACUUCACCAAGGGCACCUUCUGGGCUGUCGCUAAAGAUCCCUAUGCGUCUUCCGGACCGGCCAUGAACGGCGUGGCCAAGGCUGGCAAGUCUCGCAACAUAAUUGAGAAAAUGGACGAAACUGGCAAAAACUGUGUUAUCUUUUACGGAUCCCAAACUGGAACGGCAGAGGACUAUGCCUCGAGAUUGGCAAAGGAAGGAUCUCAGCGAUUCGGCCUCAAGACAAUGGUGGCCGACAUCGAAGAGUACGACUACGAGAAUCUGGACCAGUUUCCCGAAGACAAGGUUGCGUUUUUUGUUCUGGCUACUUAUGGAGAGGGUGAGCCUACCGAUAACGCUGUCGAAUUCUAUCAGUUCAUCACUGGCGACGACGUGAGUUUCGAGGGUGGUGGCUCCGCUGAGGAUAAGCCGCUGUCCUCCCUCAAGUAUGUCGCUUUCGGUCUGGGUAAUAACACGUAUGAGCACUACAACGCCAUGGUUCGCCAAGUGGACGCUGCCUUGACUAAACUCGGUGCGCAACGAAUUGGCUCCGCUGGAGAGGGUGAUGAUGGCGCUGGUACAAUGGAAGAAGACUUCUUGGCAUGGAAGGAACCUAUGUGGGCUGCGCUUUCUGAGGCUAUGAACUUGCAGGAGCGCGAGGCCUCUUAUGAACCGGUUUUCUGUGUUACGGAAGACGAAUCAUUGACCCCAGAGGACAACUCCGUUUACCUCGGUGAGCCUACCAAGGGACAUCUUGAAGGCCAACCAAACGGUCCUUACUCUGCGCACAACCCCUACAUCGCACCCAUUGUUGAAUCUCGUGAGCUGUUCACCGUCAAAGACCGCAACUGCUUGCACAUGGAAAUUAGCAUCGCUGGAACCAACCUCACUUAUCAAACUGGAGACCAUAUUGCCAUUUGGCCCACCAACGCAGGCGCAGAGGUGGAUCGGUUCCUGAAUGUCUUUGGUCUUGAGGAGAAGCGUCACUCGGUCAUCAAUAUUAAGGGAAUCGAUGUUACCGCCAAAGUUCCUAUCCCUACGCCUACCACCUAUGAUGCCGCCGUCCGUUACUACAUGGAAGUCUGUGCUCCUGUUUCUCGUCAGUUCGUCUCGACUCUGGCUGCUUUUGCCCCCGAUGAGGAGACUAAGACGGAAAUUGUACGCCUGGGUAGCGAUAAGGAUUACUUCCAUGAAAAGAUCACCAAUCAGUGUUUCAACAUCGCUCAGGCUCUGCAGAGCAUCACCUCUAAGCCUUUCUCCAAUGUCCCGUUCUCCCUGCUCAUUGAGGGUUUGAACAAGAUCCAGCCUCGUUAUUACUCGAUCUCCUCGUCUUCUCUCGUCCAAAAGGACAAGAUUAGCAUCACCGCAGUUGUGGAGUCUACCCGCUUGCCCGGGGCUACCCAUAUUGUUAAAGGCGUGACUACGAACUAUCUCCUUGCACUGAAGCAGAAGCAAAACGGUGACCCUUCGCCUGACCCUCAUGGCCAGACGUAUGCGAUUAACGGCCCGCGCAACAAGUACGAUGGUAUUCAUGUUCCCGUUCAUGUCAGACAUUCCAACUUCAAGCUGCCUUCUGAUCCUUCGCGUCCUAUCAUCAUGAUUGGUCCCGGUACUGGCGUCGCUCCUUUCCGUGGUUUCAUUCAAGAACGAGCUGCUCUGGCUGCCCGUGGUGAGAAGGUUGGUCCAACUGUCUUGUUCUUUGGCUGCCGCAAGCGCGACGAAGAUUUCCUAUACAAGGAUGAAUGGAAGGUUUUCCAGGACCAACUUGGUGACAGCCUGAAGAUUAUCACUGCCUUCUCCCGCGAAUCGGAGAAGAAGGUUUACGUCCAGCACCGGCUUAAGGAACAUGCCGAGCUUGUCAGUGAUCUGCUCAAGCAAAAGGCGACAUUCUAUGUUUGCGGUGACGCUGCGAACAUGGCUCGCGAGGUUAACCUUGUGCUAGGUCAAAUUAUCGCGGCUCAGCGUGGUCUGCCCGCCGAGAAGGGAGAGGAGAUGGUGAAGCAUAUGCGUAGCAGUGGCAGCUACCAGGAGGAUGUCUGGUCAUGAUUCGCCUCUCCUUCCACCAUUCACUCGUCAUGACUAUGUUAAAUUCUGUUUUCAGCCUGACUGAUUUUUGCACAUAUACUCCCGUUUUUUUUGG